CUCACAAACAUCCAGAGAGAAUUGCUGAUCACAAAAAUGGAGAUAUAGCUGUUGAUGAGUAUCAUCGCUAUAAGGAAGACGUAGGCAUCAUGAACAAAAUAGGUUUUAACGUUUAUCGAUUCUCAAUCGCUUGGUCUAGAAUUUUUCCAACUGGAAAGCUUUCUGGGGGUGUGAAUCAACAAGGAAUUGAUUACUACCAUAGUCUCAUCGAUGAACUGCAUGCAAAUAAGAUCAAACCUUAUGUCACACUAUUUCAUUGGGAUGUUCCUCAAGAUUUAGAAACCGAAUAUGGUGGCUUCUUGAAUAGUCAAAUUGUAGAUGAUUUUCGAGACUUUGCUGAGUUUUGUUUCAAGGAGUUUGGAGAAAAAGUGAAACAUUGGAUAACCUUAAAUGAACCAGUCAUGUUCACAUUCAAAAGCUAUGUAAUUGGAGAAUACGCACCCGGUAGAGGUGCAGAAUGGGAUCCAAGUCGCUAUCUUGCUGGUAAUUCUGGCACCGAACCAUACAUUGUUGGUCACAACCUAAUUCUUGCACACGCCGCGGCUGCCAAUCUUUACAAGAACAAAUAUAAGGAAGACCAAAAGGGCGAGAUUGGCAUCACAUUGACAUCAACAUGGUACGUACCAUAUUCAGAUUCUGAGGAAGACAACAAAGCUAGAGAUCGAGCUUAUGAUUUUUCACUUGGUUGGAUGUUGCAUCCACUCGUUUAUGGAGAUUAUCCGGUGAACAUGUUGGCUGUGGGGAAUAGAUUGCCCAAAUUCACAGACGAAGAACGCACUCUCAUCACAAACUCCUUUGAUUUUCUUGGAUUAAACUAUUACACAGCCAAUUAUGCAAAAGAUAAUCCCAAUGAUGUUCACCCUGAACCAAGCUAUUUGAAUGAUAUUCAUGCAACUCUUUCAACGGAUCGUGAUGGAGUCUCGAUUGGUCCAAAGGGAUGGUGUAAGGGUUGGUGGCUAUUUUGCAUGGUCAUUAUUGGACAAUUUUGA